AUGGGAAAAGAUUAUUAUAAGAUUUUGGGUGUAUCUAAGAGCGCCAAUGAUGAUGAAAUUAAGAAAGCAUACAAAAAGGCAGCGUUGAAGUGGCACCCGGACAGGAACAAGGACAAUGAGACUACAGCCAAGAAGAAGUUCCAAGACGUGGGUGAAGCGUUCGAGGUACUCUCUGAUAAAAACAAGCGCACGAUUUACGAUCAAUAUGGCGAAGAUGGAUUGAAAGGUGGUAUCCCUACUGCUGACGCAGAAGGUGGUGCAUUCCCAGGUAUGGGUGGUUUCUCAGCAGGCGGCCCUGGUGGUGGCACACGUACUUUCCGAUUCUCAACAUCGGGUGGUAAUCCAUUUGGUGGUGCCGGAGGCUUCCAUCCAUCUGAUCCUAAUGACAUCUUUGCCCAGAUCUUUGGUGGUGCCAGCCCCUUCGGUAUGGGCGGCAUGGGCAGCAUGGGUGGCAUGGGUGGCAUGGGCGGUAUGGGUGGCAUGGCAGAUGACAUCCCAGGCAGCAUGCCAAGCUUCACUUCAUUUGGCGGUGGUGGCUCUCGUGGUGCUGACAUGAAUGCAGACACGGGGUCUAAGCCUCAACCGAAAGAUUUUGAAACGCCACUCAUGCUCACACUCGAAGAGCUCUAUAAAGGCACGACUAAGAAGCUUAAGAUUGGACGAACCACUGCGGGUGGUCGUACAGAAGAAAAAGUGGUUACCAUUGAUAUCAAGCCAGGAUGGAAAAAGGGUACCAAAAUUCGUUUUGCCGGAGCUGGUAACGAAACAAGUCCCGGUGUGGCUCAGGACCUUGUGUUCAUCGUAGACGAACGCCCACACUCACGUUUCACCCGCAACGGCGACGAUCUUCGACUCAUUCAGCCUCUGAAGUUGGUUGAUGCUCUGGAUCCACCAAAGCCGGGUUCGCCUAACUCCCGUCGCAAGAUAACCACUUUGGACGGUCGCACGAUAGAGGUGCCCAUCCCAUCGGCUGGACUAGGAAAGACUACCAUUAGCCCAGGUCGCACAACCCGUCUCGCCGGUGAAGGCAUGCCUAUUUCCAAGGUCAAGGGUGCAAGGAAGGGUGACCUUGUUGUGGAGUGGAAUGUUGAAUUCCCUGAUCGAUUGAACGAUUCACAACGCUCGGCCAUCCGAGCUGCAUUAUCGUAA